CCAGCUCCAGCAAGCAAGCCACUUUUUUAAAGCUUAGAAAGGUGUGUUUUUAAGGACGCUGGAGGGAAAUCUCCUCUUUUUGUCGUUCAAAAUGCCAAUUCCAGAGAGAAGAACAAGCGCAAAAGCAAAAACCACAGCAAAAGAUGUGUUCUCUACCGACUCACAAAAUAACUGGCAAAAGGCUGGAAAGUUUGUGCUGUCGUCCAAACUCUGGGAACACUCGACGCCAUCUCAGACAUGUGACGUCAUCCUUACUUUCCCUAAGGACACCGAGGAUUAUGUAGUGAUGUGGCUGCUGUCCCGAUUACGAGCCCGCGUACCGGAAAUAGAUGUACAUGUUCGACAAAUGGCGCAUACCCCUGUUUAUGCCUUCUACCUAUCAGCUUCCUACGAGGUUUAUCAGAAUUGGGCUGAGGAACUGGGCUUUAGGAAGAAGCUGAUUGGCGGAGGUAUGGUGGAGUUUAAGGUUGAUGAAAAGGAACAGUUCGAGAACCAUGAUGAUCCGACCACCUUCUUCACCUCGGGAGACAAACAGACCAUUGUUCUCGAGAUGAUCAACACCUUGAGGGCUGUUGACGGUGACGAACUGGGAAAAAUAAAGUUCUGUGAAGGCAUGCAGAUUGUCCCUAAGCUGUUGUCAGAAGGAGUGAUUGACAAGCUCUUCCCUCUUCAUAACGAGGAUGACUUGGUCAAACUGAGGAAAACCUGGGUCAAAGCAUUCUUCAAACCACAACCUAUAGAUGACAUUUGUAAAUACUUUGGAGUCAAGAUCGCAAUGUACUUUGCCUGGCUUGGUAUGUACACAAAAUGGCUCAUUGCGCCCGCGUUCCUUGGAAUCGUGACAUUCAUUCUAAGCAUGCGCAGUGAGGUGACACGUGACUGGUGCAUGCUGGCUUGCAAUAUCUUCAACAUCGUUUGGGCAACGCUCUUCCUGGAGGCAUGGAAACGAAGAAGUGCUGAACUGGCCUACAAAUGGGGUACCUUGGACAUGCCAUCCGAAGCACUCAAAGACCCAAGACCUCUAUUUAGGGGUGAGUUCAAGCGUAGCGAGAUAACAGGUAGUCUAGAGCCUCACUAUCCUUCCAUCAAGCGAAAUAUCUUCCGCUAUUGUGUAUCUCUUCCUGCUAUCCUUGUAUCACUUGGUGUCGUCGUCGUCUCUAUGUUGUUCUGUUUCGAGUUCCAACGAUGGGUUGACAAAAUGGAAAACCCACCAAAACCACUGAAGUUCGCACCCAAAGUUCUUCUGGCUGUGUGUAUUGGACAAUUGGAUGAUAACUACAAGAAACUGGCUUACUUCCUCAAUGAUAAAGAGAACUAUCGCUUACAAGAGAACUACGAAAACCAUCUGAUUAUCAAGCUGGUAUCGUUCCAGUUUUUCAACGCUUUCCUGUCUCUCUUCUACAUUGCCUUCUAUGUACGAGACUUCCCAAGACUCAAGAAUACACUAGCCGCUCUACUGAUCACCAAACAAGUUGUUGGUAACGUGAAAGAAGCAUUAGUACCUUUCGUCAAGCAAAAAGUGAAGGAAUGGAAACAAAAGAAGAAGAUGGAAAAGGAAAAGAAGGAGCUGGCCAAGAACCAACCAGCUGACAAGAAAACUGGCGAUAAACCAAAGGAACUUGAUACUCCUUUGAUGAAUCAGGCUGAGAUUGAAAGUAAUAUGCCAGAGUACGAGGAUACAUUCGAAGAUUACCUUGAGAUGUUCAUCCAGUUUGGUUACGUCGUCUUGUUCUCGUCUGCCUUCCCAUUGGCUGCUCUCUGUGCUCUUUUGAACAACGUCAUCGAAAUCCGCAGCGAUGCCUUCAAACUCUGCACCAACCUGAGGAGACCUUUUGGAGAGAAGGUAGAGAACAUUGGUACAUGGCAGGAUGCGAUGGAGGUGAUGGGCGUUGUCGCAGUGAUGGUGAACCUGGCUUUACUUGGUACAGGCGGUUCUAUCCAGAGGAUGUUCCCCAACAUGACUACUGCAGAAACUAUUCUACUCAUUGUAUUCCUGGAGCACCUCGUGAUUGGCAUCAAAGUAGCUGUAGCCUACGCCAUCCCUGACAUCCCAGAAUGGGUGGAGACUGAGAUUGCUAAGGUUGAAUUCAAGAGAAGAGAAGCUCUCAAGGGAAAACCAGCACCUGCUGCUCCACAGACUCCCCCAGCCUCGCCAACACAGGAAGGACCAACUGAGGCACAAGCCAACACAGAGCUCUGACUGCGCAUGGGCAGGCGAUCAAGUGAUCAAACCACAGACCAAAGUGAUGACUCUCCAUGUAUCACAGAAUACUUUGUGUGAAUGAACAGAAUAGCAGCACAAUGGACAAAGAAGAAUGAUACGUUUGUAAAAUGUACCAAAUGGAUGUCCAAAAAAAAUUCAAGCACAGAUUGCACAGGAGUAAAAGUAUUAUUCCUAAAAUGGGAAAUAGAAAAAUGGGAUAAAUGAAAUCAGAACUGUUGGUUGGAUGUAUGCACUUAUUAUUUACAUAGGAUGUUUUUAGAAAGGAAUGAAUUAGCACUACUGGCAAUUGUGAGAAUGACGGCGAUGAUGGUAAUACCUAGGGACAAGUGUUACAAUAACUACUUACAAUUGACUUACAAAUGAAAAUGUAUAAUUUUUUUGACGAAAGAAAACAAAGAAAAUGAGACACUGAGAGUAACUGCUCAUCAUGACAACGUUACAACAUGUACUACGAAUCUGGGACAGCAGAGCAACCUAAAUAGUGGUAGGGCUAAAGAAAAUAAAGUUCAAGUCACUGCAAGAUGAGGAAAUCAUUGGGGUGUUGCCCCACCUGAUCCUUCCUCAUGCUGUCCCUGUGAAAGACAAAUCAACAAACUAAACUAAUGAUAUCAAGACAAGAAGAAGACAAGAAAACCAAGAUUCUGACAGUACAACAGACAAUAAAAGGAAAGGAAUAUUUCUCCUGCAGGAAAAAUAAUUUUUCCACAAGGGACAAGUUGCUAGCAAAGAAUAAACAAGUCCAACUGAAUGAUGUUUGAAAUAAUGAAUAUCGCACAAGGAUUUAAUACAGAACAAAAACAUACAAAUUUGAACUUUUGACGACCAAUUUUGACAAACAAAAACUGGAAAAACAAUAAAAUAAGUAAAUUUAAAAAUGAAAAUAGAAAAAGAAACAAGAUAUACUGAAAGUAUUUCUUAAAGGUUUAGGAGUCGUGCUCAGCCUUUAGCAGUUUCAGCAGCUUGACUGAAUGAUCUAUAGAAUACUUUGACAAUCUUCUACUAAACCUUAAACAAAACACUAAGACUUACUUACAGUAGGAUCCCAGUGUCAAGGUACCCACUAUUAUUGUACAAGAUUACUACAAAGUUCCAAGAGACUAAGUUAACAAAAGACUAAAACAAUGUAGAGUAUUUCAAAUGGUAGUCAUACCAUUCAUCGCCAUGUUUUGUAGUGUCAAACUUAAAAACACAGUGUUUUUUAUGCUUUCUUUUUAUAAACAAGUAGUAUUUACAUUGAAUUGUACAGUUAUUUGCAAUAAUUGUUAGAAAUUCGUGAAAUAUUAAGUAAAAACCUUUGCACUA